UUCAGUUACUUUUCUUCAUAGCUGGAUUGGGAUUCUGCUGCUGCUGCUUUAGACAAGGACAACGAGAUGUCGAUCGCUCACUCUGCAGCGCAGUACAUGCUGUCGGACUCUUUGAUCCCGGAGGGGAGCGGGGACUCAAGGCUCAAGGCACUGGCUCUGGAACUGCCCCUCGACCGGAUCAUCAAGUUCGUGUCCGUGGGGCUGCCCCUGCUGCUUGUGUCCAUGGCCUUCGCGAGAGAAGUCUCCUUCGGUCCUCAGAUCACCUGUUUCCCCCCACACAACUUCACGUCAAAGCAGGCAGGCUACGUGGAUACCUACUGCUGGGACUCACUGAUGCACCAUGAGUUUGACAGUGACGGCAACUUCGAGGAGCAAUCGCUGUGGGUGCACAAGAUGUUUCCCUACUCCCUGCUGGUGAUGGCAGUGAUGAUGUACACCCCCGCUCUGCUCUGGCGAUUGCUGGUAAUGCCAUGUCUGGGGGCUGACCUGCUCUUCAUCAUUGAUGAGCUCGAUAAAUCCUACAACCGCUCGGUGCGCCUGGCACAGUCCAUCCUAGAGCUGCAGCAGAACAGUCCUGAUCCUGCCGGCUUCGCAGCUGAGCUGCAGAGGGCGAAGCAAGAACGUUACUUUGAGUUCCCCUUGCUGGAGCGCUACCUGCAGGCCAAAAAAACCUCCUACUUCCUGGUGUGCAUGUUGUUCCUGCGCAGUUUCCUGCUGCUGCUCUUCAUCUCCGCUGCCUGCCUCUACCUCGUCUAUUUCCACCUGUCUGCCUUCCUGCAGGACGAGUUCAGCUGCUUUGUCAAGACCGGCCUCCUGCGAGACGAGCCCUGGGUUCCUGAGCUGAUCCAGUGCAAGCUCACCGGCCUGCUGGUCUUCCAGAUCAUCAGUGUGGCCAACGGAGCCGUCUACCUUCUCCUGGGUCCCUUGAUCUUCUUCGGUCUGCUUCGCCUCUUCUGCUGGGACCGCCGCUUCCUGUCUGUCUACGAGGUGCUUCCUGCCCUGGGCCUGGGGCCGAACCUGGGCUGCCCCAUCAACGACCUCAACGUUAUACUGCUCUUCCUUAGCGCUAACGUCUCCCAGCUGCGUUCCUACGGGCGGCUCCGUGCCGUGUGCACCCUGAGGGGCCCGCGGGGCAAACUCCGAAAGACGAUUCCCAGGAGCGGGAGCAAUGGAGAGGAGGAGGAGAAUGAGGAGAGGGAGGAGAGGGAGGAGAGAGCGGAGGAGGCGAGAGAGGCGCUGGAGGAAGGAGAACACACCCUGGUGGAUAUGAUGGGCGUGCUGGCCGGGAUGGAAGGGAACAGUAAGACUCUGAAGAAGCAGGAACCCCCACCAGAGAACCUGGAGUUCUCUAAUCAGCAGGGGUGCCCUGAGUUGAAGGAGAUGCCGUCAUGUAGUUAUGCCUAAAGAGCCUUCAACACUGGGACUGAGCCGGCAGGGUUGCGAUGUAAGGAGCUCAGGGAACAGGGGUGGAGCUGGAGGGAGCCAAUUGGACAGGGGGUGCCAAAGAAAGUCACCAAUACCAUGUUUCCACUGUUCAGGUGGACUGUACCAUAAACAUUCCCAAAGUGAAAAGCACACAUUCUUCUAUUGAUGUAAUGGCAUAUUAUGUGAGCAGCUCAUUUUAAAUUACUCUCAUACAAAUCCCAAAAUUUAACGUUGUAGGGGGUGUGCAGAAAAUUAAGAUUUGACUUUCCCUUAAAAAUAGUCAUUAAUCUUGAAAUUAAAGUAUGUAAUACCUAAGAUGGGGUUUCAAAACUAGAUUGCAUUGCAUAUCUGUGUCUGGCUAGCAUGCAAAAUAUAAUUUAGUAAUGUUUAAAUCAACACAAAGAAUGUAUUUAGCUUUCAAAGCAGACCAUACGAUUGACCUUAAUUUAAAAAGAAUUGAAGUAAGCAAUGUAGACGGUUGAUUGAUUUGAUACCAGGACCAGUUGAGUCAUUCGGACCAAACAAAAGGGGAUCUAUCGCUGGUGUUGCUCACAUCCUGGUCUGUGGCAAUCCAGGUGCAUCAGGAUAUUUGGAAGCAUGGUACAUUGGACAGAGCCCCACUGAAGAACUGACAGAUUGGGGUGGGUCACAUCAUUGAGAAAGGGGUGGGAAGAGAUUCAGGAAUUAUUCUAUUCUACUGGUGCUAAUUGGAUGAGAGGCAUACUUCACACUGAAGUACCGACAUAUUGUUCAGUUUACGAAGUUUUCAAGAGAUUGCAGAACCACAAAUUCAAAAUACAACUCGUGCAGUAUUUAUUGUUUUUGGCUAAUAUGAAGAAGGAAAAAACAAAGGCUGAAUUAACUUAUUUGAGUAUUAUUUAUUUAUUUUUAAAUAUCCUCCUGCCUUUUUUAUUCAGCAUACCGAACAUUUCUCAUUUGAAAUUGCCCGCGCUGCCAUCAGGCAGAGCCCUCGAUCCACACGUCCAGACUACUGAACAUUCAAGAUUUCAGGGUCCCAAAUAUUGGCCUCAUAUUUUAUGUUUUUGUGGUUUCAUGUAAAGUAAAUAACCUGGCCUCAAGACCGCAGAGGGUAGGUCCUUGUUUAUUUUACUAAUCUUGUCAAACAUUACAUGCAGUGUUGCAGGAGAACUAGCACACUGAAAAAGAGAUUAAGAGAUUUCCUGUGGUGUUCUACAACAUGUUUGUGAUGUUGCUCUGUAUUCAACUGUGCAUUCCCUGUAUGUAAAAUCUGUACAUAAGUGUGCUGCAUGAGAAACAUAUAUGGGUUGCUUUUUUAUAUUUUAUAUUGCUGUAACAGCUUGCUCUGUACAUGUCUGCUUAAUUACUGUGUGGCUGAAUGCAUGUGUAAAAUAAAACGAACUUACACUUCAAUAAAUCGUUUUAUAUUCU